AUGUGUGGAAGAUACGCAUUAGUAUAUGAUGGAGAUGAAUUGGCAAGAUAUAUGUCAAAUCAGUUAAAUCAGGUAGUCAGUCCAUCUAAAGAUAGUUAUGAAAGGUCAUAUAAUGUAGCCCCAACAAAGCAUAUGCCUGUUUAUUUUUCUUUUAGUGCACAUUUGGAUAAAGGUGAUAACCCUAAAGAAUCAAACCAAUCGGCAGAUAAUAUUAAUAAUAAGGAUAAGUGUCAUAUAGGUAUUAUGAGAUGGGGAUUUAUCCCAUAUUGGGCAACAGAUGAAAAUCAAUUUAAGGGGUAUGCCACAAUUAAUGCCAGAUUAGAGUCAUUGAAGACGAACAAGUUGUAUGGACAAUCAUUAUCAACAAAACGAUGUGUUGUACCCAUCAGUGGUUAUUAUGAAUGGAGAAACACAAAUCCAAAGAUUAAUAAAAGAAAUGGUAAAAUUCCAUAUUAUGUGACUAGAAGAAAUAGUGAUGAAUUGAUGUACCUUGCCGCGGUAUAUGAUUAUAAUAAAACCCUGGAUCUAUAUACAUUUAGUAUUAUUACUGGACAAGCACCAAAGAAUUUAGAAUGGCUUCAUUCAAGGAUGCCAUGUGUGUUAGAGCCAAAAACAAAAGCAUGGAAUAUAUGGCUAGAGAAUUCAGAAAACAUUGAUUUGAAUCAAGAAGAAUUGGCAAAACUGUUGAGACCAUCCUUUGAUGAAGAUUAUUAUAUAUGUUAUGAAGUUAGUAAAGACGUUGGAAAAGUAUCUAAUAACAGAUCUUAUUUGGUAGAACCAGUACAUUUAUCAAGUAAUAUAGUAAAGAAAGAAAAUAAAAUAGAUUCUUAUAUUGCAAACCAAAAGAAAGAUGAAAAAAUUGUUUUUCCAUCAAGCAAAGAGGAAAAUGAUGAAUGUAAUAUAUUAAAAAGGGAGGAAGAUGUAAAAGAUUCAACAAAAUUAGAAGAUAUAACAAGUUCUAUUAUCGUCAAGGAAGAAGAAGAGGAGGACAAGAAAGAUAACUCUAAUAUGCCUUUUAAAAGAAAACGGAAACUUAAUGUUAUCGAAUUAUUACACAGGGGAAAAAAGAAAAAAGUUUGA